AUGAAUAGUCAAUUAUGGCUUUUCCUCACUCGUCUCCAAAGUUGCAAACAGUGUGUCACCGCCCGGUUGGCAAUGAACGCGGUCAGUAAAUUUUUACUGGCAACAUGUGUCUUCUUGGUGAUGCUGUACUUAGUGUUAUUCAAAGGACAAAACAGUUUUCUGACACAUAAUACAGAAGCUGUUGUCUGUCCACAAGAGAAAAGUGGUAUAUCUGUUGCAAGUAUAGAACAGCUGUCUUCAGACACGAUCGAGAAGGACAGAACAAAACCAAUAUCUAUACCUGUCAUUCCGGUUCAUGCAAAUGACUACAAUGUAAACCGCCCUACAUAUAACCUGAACCAGUCAAUCAUUCAAACUGACUGGUUCACGGCAGCAUCGUUCCUGGAACUAGAUUUUCGUAAGAGGCCACAGGAAUACCGCUGUCGAAAUUCCACUCACAUGGGUAACUGGUAUGUGUGUCUAGAUGGAAAAUUCCUGCCAGAGUACCCCUGUCUUGUAUACUCAUUCGGGAUUGGAAAUGAUUUUUCCUUUGACGACGACAUGGCUGAACAAGGUUGCGAAGUGCAUUCAUUUGACCCCAGUAUGGGAGUUAAAGAUUACAUUAGGAAUUCUACAGUCCAUUUCCAUGCCAUCGGUCUAGGUGGUAAGGUCAUUGAAAACUUCAACGCGAGAAAGGAUAUGUAUGUACGUGAGAAACAAACAUGGACGAUUAUGACGCUAGGGUCAAUAAUGGCGGCUCUAGGACAUAAAGAUCGGGAUAUAGACGUUCUUAAGAUAGACGUGGAAGGUCAUGAAUGGGCAGUGAUUGAAUAUCUUCUACAGAGUGGACUGUUGCCAAGGAUUAAACAGUUUUCUUUGGAGUAUCACCUAUUUCCAGAUUGGCCAGCAAAAUCAGAAUAUCCAAAAUUAUUAAACAUUUAUAGACAAUUAAGUCAAAGUGGUUUCAAAAAAUUCUGGUUGGGACUGCAUCCUUUAGAUCAUAAACCAGAAUCAUUUAAUAUUCAAGCAGAUGUUGGUUACGUUAAUAUGCGUUAUAAACCACAGGGGAGAUAA